AUGAACAGGAAACCCCCCAACAUGAUUCGAAGCAGCAACGCCAGAAGCAAACGGAACGAACUGAACGAGGAGCAAAAGCUCGAAAUAAAAGAAGCAUUUGAUUUAUUUGAUACCAAUGGCACGGGAAGAAUCGACGCGAAGGAGCUGAAGGUUGCCAUGCGGGCCCUGGGCUUCGAACCCAAAAAGGAGGACAUUCGUAAAAUAAUCUCCGACGUUGACCAAGACGGCUCUGGCACCAUCGACUUCAAUGACUUCCUCGACAUCAUGACGAUCAAGAUGAGUGAGCGAGACCCGAAGGAAGAAAUCUUGAAGGCCUUCCGCCUGUUCGACGAUGACGAAACGGGAAAGAUAUCCUUCAAGAAUUUAAAGCGCGUGGCGAAGGAACUUGGAGAAAACAUAACUGAUGAGGAAAUACAGGAGAUGAUCGAUGAAGCCGACCGAGACGGAGACGGAGAAAUUAACGAAGAGGAAUUCAUGCGCAUUAUGAAGAAGACAAACUUGUUCUGA